AACUCGUGCAUUCUUAACAACGAAAUAUUCUUAUUAAGAUUAUUAUAAAUCUUUUGGAUUCACUUGACGUAAUCAUACCUAAAAUCAUAACUAGGUUCAUUAAUCCUUACGAGAAAGAACAUCUAUAAAUUUGUUGUUAGAAAGUAGCCUCAAUGUACUCUUACGGCCAGUCUGCAUCAAACCUUGAAACUAAGCGUACGUCGAUCUGAUCAUAAGCUAAAGAGAAUCAUGUAUGGUUUUUGCACUCCAAUGGUACAUGUUAAUGGAGUUUCUAAGCUCCACGCCAAGAAAAACUACCCAAGUCUUGAUAUGUCAGCAGGAGGGCAGAAGAAAAUGGAAGUCAACAACGUCCCUCAAAAACACAGAGAAAAGGUAGUGAUCAUCAUGGGAGCAACUGGAACCGGAAAGUCAAAACUAUCCAUCUAUCUUGCUAAAUGUUAUGAGGCAGAAUUAAUAAACUCCGACAAGAUGCAAGUGUACGAGGGACUGGAUAUCGUCACCAACAAAGUCACUGAGGCAGAGCAAUGUGAGGUUCCUCACCAUCUCCUGGGUAUACUAGACCCUUAUGCAGAUUUUACAGUGGAAAGGUUUUGUGAAAUGGCCUUAGUUUCCAUUGAAUCAAUCCUGAGUCGGGGCCGGCUUCCGAUCAUUGUCGGAGGCUCCAACACCUACAUCGAGGCCCUGAUCGAUGGCGAGGAAUAUAAAUUCCAGUCAAAGUAUGAUUGUUGCUUCCUCUGGGUGGAUGUGUCCUUGGCUGAGCAUCAAUCAUUUCUAUCCAUGAGGGUUGAUCAGAUGGUAGAAAAUGGCAUGGAAGAGGAGCUGAGAAAGAUGUUUGAUCCCAAUGUGGAUUAUUCAAAGGGGAUUUUUAGGUCAAUUGGGGUUCCUGAAUUUGAUCAGUAUUUCAGAACCGAACCCCAUUUAGAAAAAGAAACUCGCACAAACCUUUUUCGAAAAGGAUUAAGUGAAAUGAAGGAAAAUACUUGCCAGUUAGCACGUCGGCAACAGGAAAAGAUUCAUCGACUUAAGGAUGUGAAGGGAUGGAAUAUGCAUCGGCUUGAUGCUACAGAAAUGUUCAGAAAACAAGGUAAAGAAGCUGAGGGUGCUUGGAAAGAUCUUGUGGCUACGCCGAGUAAGAGAAUUGUUGAUCAGUUUCUGAACAAAGCUGGUCACCAAUUAGCUAGGGUUAGCAGCCAUUAAAGCAGCUUGCAUGCACGUACAAAAUCUACCUCUAUAAUUUUUUCAGCUACUUAAUAUAUGAUGUACUAGAAUCCUUCCAAAAUAAUCGCAGCUAGCAAUAUACAUGCAGGAACACUCGAGAACGAUCAUCAUCUGUAGUCGUCCAGAUCCUCUGUAACCAUGCUUUGCUGCUAUUAUUAUAAUAAUAAUUAUUAUUAUUAUUGUCAUUAUCAUCAUCAUUAAUAGGAAUAUUAUUGACAUGAAUCCGAUACUUUUAAUCCAA